ACGUGGUCUGUUGAUACAGAGAGGCGUAUACACAGAUCGCCAUCUUCGUUCACUUUACACAAGUUCAAAACUGUAUAAGGGACACCAGAAUGGGCAGCGUAAUGGCUGAUUUCAUGCAUAUCUGAAGGUUAACGGUCUAUAUGCACCUAUCACAUCAAACCAAACAGUGAAGAUGGCAUCUAAUGUUACAGUUAAAUCAGUGUUGGAGAAGAUUAGUGUGGAUCAUCUGGAAUGCUCCAUCUGCACCAACCGUUUCAGGCAGCCCAAACUGCUGGACUGUUUGCAUAGUUUUUGCCUGCAAUGCCUCCAAGAGCUCAGACAGAGCCAAGAUCCUAGUGGUACAAAGCUGAUAUGUCCUCUGUGCAGACGUGAAACCAUGUUGAAAGGUUCUGGGGUUGCUGAUCUCCCUAAUAACUUUGCAUUCAGUGCACUGGUGGAUGAAGUUACAAUGCAGGAAAAGCUACUGGACGGGCAAGGCUCAGAGAUCAAAUGUCAAGCCUGUGAUGAGGAGAAUAAGGCCACUUCAAGAUGCAUGGACUGUGAUCAUUUCCUCUGUCAAGAAUGUCAAAAGGCACAUGGACGUAUGACAUUAAUGAAAUCUCACAAAAUCUAUACACUGGCUCAACUUCGAUCAGGAGAGACUGUCUACAAGAGUAAACUAAGAGAAGAAGUUCCCAAAUGUGGCAAGCAUCCAGAUCAGAAUCUAAAUGUCUACUGCAAUUCAUGUGAGCAAGUCAUAUGCACAACUUGCUCUGUACUUGAUCAUGCAAAACACUCACUCAGUGGACUACCAGAGGCUGUAGAUAAGUGUAAGAGAAAAGUCACAGAACUGGUUGUAAAAGCACAUGCCAGCCAAACAGAACUGAACACCGCCAUACAAAAGUUAAGCGAAUCCCGAAAAGAGCUGGACACCGUGUUUGCCGCCACCAAGACGAAAAUCUCAAAAAAGGCUCGACAGGAGAUUGCAAAGACUCGACGGGAGGAGAAGAAAUUGUCCAAAGAGAUAGACAGGAUUUAUAAAGAAAGAACCAAAGCCUUUGAAGCAGCUCAAGCUCACAGCAGAAAAGAGGUUACCAAGACAGAGCAGAAGCUGGAUGAGGUGGAACAUCUAACGGAUCAAGCGAGUUGCUAUGAGAUUCUUGAACAUCAGCAGAAGCUCUUGCAUAACCUCAGUGAAUUGACAGGGAAGCAGCCACAGCAAGUUCCUGACAAGUUGACCUUCAUGGACUUUGAAGAAGGUGAGAGGUCACUUGGGAGACUCGUUCUGGAGGAAGAGCCAAAGGCUGCAGCAAAGCAAUCACCAAGACCUACAACAUUUGCAGCAAUGGAGGAUUUAGCAUCACAUUUUGCGGCUAUCAAGACGCUGUAG